UCCCAUCACCGAAAGGACUUAUAAACCAUCACUUUCUACACCGUCAACCUCCGGGUGCAUCUGCUGUAAGCAUGAUUAAGAAAAUGUCAACCUCCGAGAAUGAGUUCGACAUCCCGGCCAAGAACUGCCACAGGAUGGUGAUUAUGGGCUCCAAUAAAGUUGGGAAGACAUCCAUCAUCUCUCGGUUUCUGAACGAGAGAGUUGACGACCAGUACACACCAACUAUUGAGGACUUUCAUAGGAAACUCUACAGCAUCAGGGGAGACGUUUACCAGCUGGACAUUUUGGACACAUCUGGAAAUCAUCCCUUCCCUGCAAUGAGGAGGCUAUCAAUUCUUACCGGUGAUGUGUUCAUCUUGGUGUUCAGUCUGGACAACAGAGAAUCCUUCCAGGAGGUGCAGCGUCUGAAGCGACAGAUAUAUGAAACCAAGUCCUGCCUGCGAAACAAAACCAAGGAGAACGUAGACGUCCCGGUGAUGAUCUGCGGCAACAAGUGUGACAAAGACUGUUACCGUGUAGUGCAGGAGGAGGAGAUCGAGCAGCUGGUCGGUGGAGACGAGCACUGCGCUUACUUUGAAAUCUCAGCAAAGAAGAACACCAACGUAGACCAAAUGUUUCAGACUCUCUUUAGCAUUGCCAAACUGCCAACCGAAAUGAGCCCCGGUCGCCACUGCAAAGUUUCCGUGCAGUUCUGCGAAGUUCUUCACAAAAAGUCCCUAAGAAACAAGAAGUGCAAAGAUGGGAACGCAUAUGGGAUUGUGGAGCCGUUUGCGCGGAGACCCAGCGUGCAGAGUGACUUGAUGUACAUAAAGGAGAAAGCCAUAGGUAGCCAGACCAAAGAGAAAGGCUGCAUCAUAUGCUGACACUUUAUUUGUGUGCGCAAAAGACUUUAUUAGACUUUCCAGAGCUGAAGCGGAGCCGUUCAACAGGUCACAUGACAUGAACCCAAAUACUGUAGACUCCAGCGCCCGAGUCGAGAGACGUGAUCCAAACUGUGAUGAGACACACGGGGAAGGUGCCUCCUGUCCCCUAUGUAGUGAUGCAGUAGAUGCUAGGAAAAUGUUGUAAAAUCUGCUCACAUUAGCUUGCCAAAAAGGCACUUGAGAAAAAAACCGUUUACAUUUUGCUAUAUUCAUUUUUUUUUUUUUACUUGGGAUAUACUUGAA